UCCGGGGAGACCGGAUAUAGUGAAUGCAGGGUCCGGGGAGACCGGAUAUAGUGAAUGCAGGGUCCGGGGAGACCGGAUAUAGUGAAUGCAGGGUCCGGGGAGACCAGAUAUAGUGAAUGCAGGGUCUGGGGAGACCAGAUAUAGUGAAUGCAGGGUCCGGGGAGACCAGAUAUAGUGAAUGCAGGGUCCGGGGAGACCAGAUAGACUGAAUGCAGGGUCCGGGGAGACCAGAUAUAGUGAAUGCAGGGUCCGGGGAGACCGGAUAUAGUGAAUGCAGGGGUCCGAGGAGACCAGAUAUAGUGAAUGCAGGGUCUGGGGAGACCAGAUAUAGUGAAUGCAGGGUCCGGGGAGACCAGAUAUAGUGAAUGCA